GACACGUUUGUGCAAAGUGAACAGUGUUGGGACAAUGGAAAAGAUUACAUGUAAUGUUCACGGCAGCGUGUGUAUGUUAAAGACGGGGGUAAAAGAUGGACCUAAUAAAGGGAAGAGCUUCUACGUGUGUGUUGACAAGCAAGGCUGUGAUUUCAGUCAGCAGACCAGCAUCUCUCCUUCCCACUGCCUCAACCAUGAAGAUUCAAUGGUGGAGCUCCAAGCUCUGAACCACAGCCAACAACAUCAGGUCCACAGGUUGUACUAUCGGUGUAUUGUGGGUAAAAAAGCAGGUCAGAAGUGGUGUGGAAAUGUGCCAUGGACUGAGGUAAAAGAAAAGAAAAGCCCUCUGUCUGACGCACAGUCACAGCCCUCCUGUCUUCAACCUGCCCGAAACCCCUUCAAGGCCACUGCAAAGUCAGACAAGGACUCAGACUGGAGGAAGAUGCAUUCAGGUGGACGCGAGGAGAAAAGCAGCGAGGCAGGUCACAAACCUAAAGGACGAGAAAGUCACCAGAAAGAAAAUGUGGAGGAUGUGGGCGCAGGAGAGGCGGAAAAGACGAAUUCAUCGGAUUCUUACCGGGGUAAACAACUUCCUCCGGGGAUGAAGAUAAAGAAAAGAGUUUCAGACGAGAGCAGCGAAAGUCCUAAAGGUAACGGUGCAGAGACGCAGGACGAGGCUGAGGAGAAGCACGACGAGCAGAGAAAAGCAGGAAACAAGACGGUUGUUCAAACUGAGAAAAUACAUCGAGCCUCAUCAGAUCCUGAAAAGAACAAGAAACCAACAACUGGUGAAAACGAUCUGGAGAAACAAACUGAUCCUGCAAGUUCUUCUAAAUCUGCACCCGGCUGCAGAACUCACGUUUCCACAGAUAACACUAGGAAACCCGUGUCUGAGUCAAGUGAAACAAAAAACGAUGACGAUGAUGAUGAUGAUGAUCUGGUAUUGGUGUCAGUAAAACCUGCUACUCAGAAAACUCCUCCCGCUUCCACCGUCCAGAAAACUCUGACCUCUUUCCCCGGGUUCCAGCCGCCGUCUAAGAGCAGAAGUUCAGUGGAAAACCCCAAAGGGCUGCACAGUCUGCUCACUGCUCAGCUCCAGCAGAAGAAGGCCACCCUGUCCGCCGUGAAUGUGGCGGCUCUUCCGGAUAAAGGAGCGAGGUUGAAGACGCAGGUCAGAGAACUCGAGGAGGCGCUGGAGUCACUCAGCCUCACUGCUGCUUCUCAGCCCGAGGCCCAGGAUGAAUCUAACAGCAGCGACUCUGGUGGUAGCAGCACCUCCCACAUCAACCCAUUCAGCCGACAGGGCGGCACCAUCCUGCUCCCUGCACCUCCAGGCCCCCCCCAGGACCAGGCCUCCGGCGGCUCCCUGGGGCUCGGCCUCAGCCAGGGAUACACCCAGAUGUAUGGAGCAAACCCCCAGGCGCAGGCCUUUUACGGUGGCAGGAUGACUGAGGACCGUCUGCUGGCCGUGAAGAACGCCACCUCUGAGGCUAUUGACCAUCUACACAAAUCCCUGGAGUCGUGUCCCGACGCUGAGGACGAGGCCCCGGACCCCAAAGGCAUCAAGGUGACGCUCCUGCCCCAUCAGAGGAGAGCUCUGGCCUGGCUGCUCUGGAGAGAAGGGCAGAAACCAGCAGGAGGAAUUCUGGCGGACGACAUGGGUUUGGGGAAAACCCUGACCAUGAUUUCUCUCAUACUGGCCAAGAAGAAAAAGGCCAAAAAAGAAGAAGAUGAGGAAAAGGACGAGAAGAAGCUGGAGAGCUGGAUAUCCAAAACCGACUGCAGCCUGGUGGCUUCUAGAGGAACUCUGAUCAUCUGUCCGGCCUCCCUCGUGCACCACUGGAAGAAGGAGAUUGAGAGACACGUGAGGACGGACAAGCUGACGGUUUAUUUGUACCACGGCCCAAACCGCAAGAAGAGCGCGAGAAUGCUGGCAGAGCACGAUGUGGUGGUGACCACUUACAGUCUGGUCUCUAAGGAGGUUCCAGUCCAGAAGGAAGAGUCUGAUAAACCCAGCAAGGAUUCUGACGAAGUGCCGAAACACUCGGGUCCUCUGAUGCGAGUGGCCUGGGCCCGUAUCGUUCUCGAUGAAGCUCACAACAUCAAAAACCCCAAAGUGCAGACGUCCAUGGCCGUGUGUCAGCUCAGGGCGGCGGCUCGCUGGGCGGUGACUGGUACCCCCAUCCAGAACAACCUGCUGGACAUGUACUCACUGCUCAAGUUCCUGCGUUGUUCCCCGUUUGACGAGUACAAACUGUGGAAAGCUCAGGUGGACAACGGCUCCAACCGAGGCAGAGAGAGACUCAACAUCCUGACGAGGACUCUGCUGCUGCGACGAACCAAAGACCAGCUGGACUCCACAGGGAAACCGCUGGUGUCUCUCCCUGAUCGGACCUGUGAGGUGCAUCGGCUCAAACUGUCCGAGGACGAGAAGUCGGUGUACGACGUCGUCUUCGCCCAAUCCAGAUCUACUCUGCAGAACUACCUGAAGAGACAUGAAGGCAAAGAUGUUAACCAGGGAAAAUCUUCCUCUUCUAACCCCUUUGACAAAGUGGCCCAGGAGUUUGGUUUGUCCCAGGCUGACUCUGCAGUGUCCAGCUCUCAGGCUCCUCAGCAGGUGUCCAGCACAGUCCACAUCCUGUCCUUGCUGCUGCGUCUCCGCCAGUGCUGCUGCCACAUCUCGCUUCUUAAGAAGACCCUCGACUCGACCGAGCUGCAGGGCGACGGGAUUGUCUUGUCUCUGGAGGAGCAGCUCAAUGCUUUGUCGCUGUCCUCCGGCCCCUCAGCGUCUGGCCCCGAUCCCAAAGACACCGUAGCCCUCAAUGGCACCCGCUUCCCCUCCAAGCUGUUCGAGGACACCAGUGAAAGCACCAAGAUUUCUGCUAUUGUCUCUGAGCUGAAGGCAAUCAGGCAGAAGAGUGACGAUCAGAAAAGUGUGAUCGUCUCCCAGUGGACCAGCAUGCUUCAGAUCGUAGCGGUUCACCUGCGUCGGAUGGGCCUGAGAUACGCCGUCAUCGACGGGACCGUCAACCCUAAACGUCGCAUGGACCUGGUGGAAGAAUUCAACACUAACCCUAAAGGACCACAGGUGAUGCUGGUUUCUCUUUGUGCUGGAGGAGUUGGGCUCAACCUCAUCGGUGGGAAUCACCUCUUCCUCAUUGACAUGCAUUGGAAUCCAGCGCUGGAGGAUCAGGCCUGCGACCGGAUCUAUAGGGUCGGGCAACAUAAAGACGUCACCAUCCACAGGUUUGUGUGUGAAGGCACCGUGGAGGAGAAGAUUUCUACGCUGCAGGCGAAGAAGAAGGAGCUGGCCCAGAAUGUGCUGUCAGGAACCGGAAGCACGUUCUCCAAACUCUCCCUGGCCGAUCUCAAAAUCAUCUUCGGUGUCUGAGCUCAGCGAGACUGCUGCCACAUGGCCAGUGUGUGUGUUUAUUUAAUAACGAGUGAGCGGAUAAAUAACUCCCUUAUUUGUUAACUCCAAGACCAAACUGGUUACUUGAUUACAGCAACUUUUUUUUACUCAUUUUUAAUUAUAUUUUUAGUUGUUAUGAAACAUUUCAACUCAACAGACACUAAAGCACUGUUAAGUUAUUCCAAACUGCAUAUUUUAAUAUGUGUUUUAUUGUCUUUUUAUAUGUUUGAGUUCAUUUUACAUACAUAUACUUUCAAGUGCAUGUUAAAUGCAUUAUGUAUUAUGGCUGUAUUUGUCUUGAUAUGAUGAUAUUUAAAUAAAUUCAGGUAAAUUUUUUAAUUGA